AUGAUUAAUCUGGAUGACACCUCGGAGUCUGGGCAAUCGUCUGCAGCUGCCACCCCGAGUACCACAGGGACCAAGUCCAACACCCCAACGUCAUCCGUACCUUCCGCAGCUGUCACUCCGCUAAACGAAGUAAUUAAUCCAAUCUACAACGGGGACAGCAAAGUCAAGAACCAGCGAAAGUGGGCGAAAGGUAAUAGCAGAAACAUGGAAGUCCAGGUCAACCAGGAGAUGAGGAACGUCAGCAUAGGAAUGGGAAGUAGUGACGAGUUGUCUGAUCUUCAGGAGAUUAUUGAUUCAACACCGGAGCUUGAUAUGUGUCAAGAUUCUCGCUUUGAAGGACGUGGAGGCAACAGCCCCACGCAAGGAAUUGUAAAUAAGGCGUUUGGGAUAAACACGGAUUCAUUGUACCAUGAGCUUUCCACUGCUGGGUCAGAAGUCAUCGGGGAUGUGGACGAGGGGGCGGAUCUUCUCG